AUGAUGUUACGAAAAACCUCUAUAUUUAUGACAGUAGCAAUCCUAGGAACUAGUGCUGUGUCUGCAGGAAGUGUCCUAGACUUUUUAUCAUCGUCUUGCAAGAAUACCCUCCAGACAUUAUUGUCGUCUCCUUCGGCGGGGUGCUUGAACCUCGGCACUCUGACCCUAAACGCUCUCGCGGGCAACAAAACGAUCCCAGAGGUUGCCAACUCCUGGUUGACGGGAUUGUGCGCGUCGGGAUCUUGCACUAACUCAUCGCUUUCCGACGUUGUGUCCAAUAUAACGACUGGGUGCUCAGAAGACUUGAACAAGUACGGCGCGUCCAGCGCUGGAUUCACUCCCGAUGUCAUUCAGGGCCUGGUAUUGCAGUAUUACCCGACUGUUCGACAGAUUGCCUGUUUGAAAGAUGACAAUGCAAAUGAACUAUGCGUGCCAGAGUCACUGUUUGCACUCCAGUCGAUCGUCGGUACUAUCAAUAAGGGAGACCUGGACUUGCCGACCUUGCUGGGCAAGGUGAAGACGCUCGCAGAUUCAGAUUACAAGAAUAUCGCAUGCACGGGGUGCAUCAAGCAAGCAUAUAUCAUUGCAGCAAAGGUGUUUCCAAACGCCAAUCUCCUUAACCUGGCACAGACUCCUAUCACAGACACAUGCGGUGCAUCGUUCGUGGACGGACAAGAUGUCCCUGGCAUAUCCGAGACAGCGCAGUCUGGAGAAUUUGUGGCGACUAAACCAAAUUCAUCUGGCGCAUUGUCGUUCAAGGGGACCGGGAUGACUGGUCCAGUGUUCGCCGGCCUCUCAGCAGCGUUGGCUUUUCUGCUGUAA